CACCGGUAGACACCACGGCCUAAGCAGCCGAACAAAAACAUACACGUCGUACAUACAUAUGUACGUAAUUUGGUGCCGUGUUUUCAAUGGUCUGCGCUGCUCCAUUCAAGCGCAGUGACUGUCCGCAACUAGUCCAGCUCGACGAUCCGUCGAAUGCGAUGGCACAGUGCCAGUGAAGUGAAGGUGGUCCAGUACUUGCGGUAACAUUCCUUCCGGUUCCCGUUCCCACUUCCGUAGUUGUGCUCUGAUAUGGUGGUGCGUAUUUUCACAUCCGCCUCGUUCCAUCUGCCACCCGCCAGAUCGUCAGCCACUGCUGCGUGGCUCUUAGUGGUGCUGGCGGUGGCCACCGUCGACCUCGGCACCGGCCCAUGGCUGGGUCGGGUGGACGGCGGUGCGGUCGGAUUGCGGGAAAAGCUGAGCGUUUACGAGCAGCGGCGGUACCAGCGUCAGAUCGAGGAAAGUGAAAACAGUGGCCUGUACGAUGCGACCGAUUCCGUAAUUUCGCUAACCGCGGCCAACCUGAAGCAGCGCGUAUUUAACCAACCGCAUGCCUCGCUGGUGGAGUUUUACAACUCGUACUGUGGGUUCUGCCGCCGGUUCGCACCGAUCUGGAAGCAGCUGGCAACGGACAUUCUUGGCUGGCAGAAGCUGGUGCGCGUGACCGCGCUGGACUGCUCGCGCGACGAAAACAAUGCCGUGUGCCGGGAGUUCGAGGUGAUGGCCUAUCCGACGAUCCGGUUCUUUUCGCCGUACUACGCCGAUGGCGAACAGAAGAUAGGAGAACCAGUGAAAGAGCACGAUGAACAACGCAUCAUCGAUCGGCUGAUCGAGUACAUGCAGCACGUCGAGAACAAACCGACCAACUGGCCAAAUCUAACCGCCAUCAAUCGUACGGACGAUAAGGCGUCCCUGUUCGAUGGAACCUCGUCGGUCGGUGCCCCACGGCCCAAGUACGUGUAUCUGAUAAACGAAAAGGACACGAACGCGACGAUCGGGUCGCAGGUUAUCCUCGAUUUUCACGACACACCAGACGUCGUCGUGUACCGGAUGCACGAUCCAACCCUAACCACCAACGGUCUGUCGGUCGUGGAUGGUUCGUCGCUGAGCGCAAUAAACCUUCCGAUCGAUGAGUUUUCGCGGGAGAAGGUACGCGACGCGAUACGAUCGCAUCUGCGCCAGCAUCACAUCGUCGUGACGGACGUGUCGACCAAAUCGACCAAGAAAGCGGGCGACGGUGGCGCAGUGGCGGCGGGCACGACCGAACAGAACAUAUCGGCCCUGAUGGAGCAGAAGCAGGAGGCUGCGAUACGUGCGAAGGUGAAGGAGCUCGGUGCGGCAGUCGUGUACCAGGCGGAUUUGGAGGAAGCGAUACGAUUCGCGCUGUUCCAUGAGAUUGGCCGGUACAAGACGAUCGAGAGCGAUCGGUUGGUAGCGUUGCGGAACUUCCUGAACGUGCUGGUACGCUACUUCCCGUUCAACGACAAUGGACGCCGGUUUCUUACGGAACUGCGGCAGUACGUACUGAACGCUGGCGAGGAACGGCUCGACGGUGAAGCGUUUGUUGCGCGCGUCAAGUCGCUCGAAACGGAACGGAAGCCAGUGUUCUCGUCCAACCACUGGAUCGGGUGUUCCGGCUCGAGGGAAGGAUUGCGCCGAUAUCCGUGCGGGUUGUGGACACUGUUUCACUAUCUAACGGUGCAGGCCGCCGAGAGUGAUCUGUCCAACAACCCACUGGAGGUGCUGGAAGCGAUGCACGGAUACAUAAAGAAUUUCUUCGGGUGUUCCGAGUGCUCGCAGCACUUCCAGCAGAUGGCCGAUAAAAACCGCAUCUGGCAGGUGGCUACGAAGGACGAUGCGGUGCUGUGGCUUUGGUCUAGUCAUAACGAGGUGAACAAGCGUCUGUCCGGGGACGCGACUGAAGAUCCGGAACAUCCGAAGGUGCAGUUUCCGACGGCGAACGAUUGCGCACAGUGCAGACGCAAGAUCCUUACCAACCACCACAACCACCAGCAGUACACGAUGGAGGACGGCAAUGAGUGGAAUUUGUCCGAGGUGUUGCGCUACCUGAAGCACAUGUACGCUUACGAUCGGCGCCAUCUGUUCGGUCUGCACGACAGCAGUCUCGCGCCGCAAGGUUCCGAGGGACGAUCGGAAUGGGGCGGUGGAGUAGCGUCCGGAGCCCAGACGAGCUACCAUUCGUACGGCAAUGUGCUCAGCGACAUCGACAUUCGGUUCAGUGCGCUGCUGUAUGUAACCUGCAUUGUGAUGAUUGUGAUUGCGAUCAAAAUGGUCGUGAAGCGAGGCUAUCGGAAGAAGAUGUACCCACACGAUAUCCUGGGUAAGGUGUAAGCAUUAACUGGCCUGCAAACUGAAACCAAAACAAGACCGAUCAGCGUGUUCUGCACAACAUUCCGAGAGUCCAAACACUCUCUCCCACUCAUAAUGCUCUGGAUGGGAAGAGAGAGAGAGAGUGCCACGAUUAACCUCCAAUUACACGCGUCCUCGAGGAUGAGGACUAGUACUGACGAUUUCACGAAUUCUAUUGUAUCCUUGCCAAACGCCCAAACAGAGCAGCGAUGUGUUACGACGGACACCGCUGAACCGCCUAAAAGCCACCUGGUUCAAAAGGAGCUAAAACCAAUUCUCCCCUUUUGCGCUCUUCUUCUUAGUACGGGAGGAGUGAUACAGUUGUACAAUAUAAUAAAUCCUCAUGAAAUGCAAACUCUC